AUGGCGCGCGCCGCAGCGCGGCUCCUGCUCGGGGGCUGCCUCGGCACGCUCUGCUGGGGCUGCACGGAGGAGCAGGCGCUGGUCUUCAACCGGCUGGCCGGCCGGGACCUGCUCAAGCUGGCGAACGCUGGCAUCGGAAAUUUGUCCUUCGAGACGAUCGGGGACUGCGCGGCGGCGGGUGACGGCCUGAAGCCCUGCAGGAGCGUUCCCAAUUUUCCCGUGCACAUGCAGGGCAAAGACUGGAAGAUCACCGUCCCGUACGCCACUGGCCUGGAUACGUUCAGCAUGACCAACAUCUCCCUGCGUUGCGACCCGACCUCGUCGGCUACGCCAGCGGAGCUGGGCUGGUUUGCCGAGCUCGACGGCACGAUCCGCGACUUCGGCAUCAACGUGAGCGUUUUUGGGCGUUCUUGUACGUCGUGA